UCUAAGGGAUACCUUGGGGGGUCUUCUCCCCUGGAAAAUUGGUACCUUGUUCCUUUAACUCCUUGCUGUUCUGUGGCUUAUAACGUCGGCAAGCGGUCCCUCUACCCCCGUAUCCUGCCUGCCGCCAAUGGCUGGUGCCAGAUGCUUCAGAGAGAAUGAAUAGGACAGUUACAGAGUGAUCCAUCCGGGCCUAGCUUCUGGCAAGCGGAGGUUUAGGGCACCCGGAGCAUGGGUUGUGUUGCUGGCCAUCUUGGCUAAUUGCCAUAGAUGGACUUGUCCUCCGUCAACUUUUCUAAUUCUUUUUUAAACCCACUUAUACUUUUGGCCUUCACAACAUCCCCUGGAAAUUAGUUCCACAGGUUGACUGUGUGUUGUGUGAAGGAAUACUUCUGUAUGUUUUAAACCUGCUGCCUGUUAAUUUAAUUGAGUGACCCCUGGUUCUUGUAUUAUGUGAAGUCAUAAAAAACAUUUCCUUAUUUACUUUAUCCAUACAUGCCAUUCAUGAUUUUAUAGACCUCUAUCAUGUUGCCUCUUAGCUGUCUCUUUUAUAAGAUGAACAGUCCCAAUCUUUUUAAUUUCUUCUCAAAUGGAAGCUGUUCCCAUACCCCUUAAUGAUUUUCCUUUUUUAUCGGGUGUACUAUCAGUUUAAUAUUGGAUGCACUUUCUCUCCGGGUCUGUGCUGUCAGGGCAAUAGCCUGGAUGAUCCAAGAGGUCUCUAGAAUCUAUGAAAAUUAAAAACCUUUCCAUAAUGUACCCUCACAGCAAGCACUACCCUUGCAUCCUACCUGUCUCCUAACAUCUGCUUGUGAGCUGAGCUAAGCAUUCUUUUCUGCUGCCAGCCACCUCUGAAGAACCCUAGACUCCUCUGUGGUGCUUUGCUGAAGUUCACUAUUAGACUACUAAACAGUACUAAUGCCGAUAAAAUAUGCAUCCAAUAUGUUGGCGAAAUACUUAGCUUCUCUGGACUGCAGCAUUAUAAAAUGCAUCACUAUCAGAAUUUGCUUCCUAUAGAAAAUUCUGACAGCUUAAUCUAUUUUUGCAUGCUUUCCCAUCACAAAAAAUGCUACUGUAAAUAACUCAUUUAAUCUCUUGCCUUUUAUUAGUUGUAGCAAAUUCAGAAAGGUGUCUUUUGCCUGUCAGUUUCCUACCAUGCAUUUUUACUGUUUGCAUCUUUGGCACAAGGCAAAUUCUAAUGAGUGUCACUCUCCUGUCACAAUUUGCCAUCUCCUCUAGUUCCCAGCAUUGGACCUGCAUUUAGUAAAUAACAAUAGGUGAAUGACACUAAUCAGAAUUUGCUACCUGCCAGUAGAAAAGUGUAACUAACCUGAUAAGCAGUUAUACUUGAGAUGAGUAACCAGGCUUGUAGGGCACAUAGGGUUGUAUAAUGUUUAAUAGAUGGUAGCUAUCACUAUGUACGUGGGGCCUGAAUCUCAAUCACUCCCACCCUACACUUGAUGGAGCAAUCAAAAGUAUCUUUGUGCAUGUUUGUGUUCCCCAUAUUCUUGAACUGCAUGGGGUCUGCUUGGUGUAAGUUAGACCAUCCUCAGGGUUCUGUAAUUAAUGGUCUGUUUCCAGGGCUCCCUGUGGGUCCUGGGGAAGCAGAGAAUAGCCAUAGUGUGGUGCACUCUGGUCAGGCCCCCUGUGCUGGAGGCUUGGGAGCAGGGUAAAUGUAGACCUAUUAUACUAGUUCUGUUAGAGCAGCCAGGGUUGCCCCUACAUGUAGGAUAUUCUCAGGGGGCCAUUUUUACCCACAUGAAGAUCUGCUGGAGUGAUAGAAAGGGACCUACCUUACAGUUAUAAUCAGAGCUGCAGGACCCCGUUUAAAGAAGACCAUAGCUUUAUGCCCAAACCAUGAUCAAGCCUUGGAGUUUAUCUACGAGCAUACUUGGACUGAAAUAACUUAACUGGUUUUAAUUUAUGUCUUUGUUGUUUUGGUGCAAGUUUUUGUGUGGAUGCCUUAAAGAAGAGCUCCAUGUAGCUUGAAAGCUUGUGUCUUCCACCAACAGAAGUUGGUCCAUUAAAAGAUACCACCUCACUGACCAUGUCACUUUUGGUAGACUAAAACCCCUAGCUUUCUAAGGUUAACGAUGUUCUUAAGAUGCAAAAGAUGUUUCUUAUUAAAAAUGAUAUAUUGAUUAAUUUAAAUGAGCUAAUUACUUUACAUGCCUCUUUGAAAGGAUUAGUAUUACAACAGAGCUCCAUAAUUUACUGGUUAAUCCACUGUCUUCUUUCUAGUUUUAGUAAUCUUGCAAUAAAAAUAUAUGUACAUAUUCAAAGCUCGUACUUUUGUGUGUAGUUUCUGAGUUAAAAAUGGAAUGUAUGUGUUGCAUAUAGUGUCUUUCGGCAGGGGAGGAGGGGAUCUCUCUGGCUAACAUGGAACAUAAAAAAAAAAUCUGAAGUAUUCCAGAUCUGAAUUUACUGAUAAGCAUGCUACUAGGUGUAGGGGGGAAAGAGACAGAUGGAAUCACAUUAAGAAUUCAAACCAGCGUGAAAGGACUUUUGGAUUCAGAUAUACUGUUAAAGCUGUCAUUUCACUUGCCGAUCAGUUAUCCCUCAAGCCUGCCGAAUAUCUCCAUUAAUUCAGAACAGCUUACAAGGGCACAGUGUAAGGAUGUGAAGGAAAGAUUACUUGAGCAAGCCAAGAGACAUCUUUCUGAACCCAUGGUACAUGAGCUGGUCCUCUGGAUACAACAGAAUAUUAAGCACAUCAUUGGGCAAUCAGAAACUUCAGUUUGCAACGAAAAAAGUACUUUGUCAAGAUGCAUAAGUACAGAGGAUGGUAUAUGGACUAUCCUUUUGCAUUUAGAUCACAUGAGAGCUAAGACAAAAUAUGUCAAAACUGUGGAAAAAUGGACUUCAGAUCUAAGGCUGACUGGAAGACUGAUGUUUAUGGGCAAGAUAAUACUGAUUCUUCUGCAAGGAGACAGAACCAGCAUUAAGGAAUACUUGAUUCUUCAGAAAACCUCUAAAGUAGAUGUGGACUCAAGCGGAAAGAAAUGCAAAGAGAAAAUGAUUAGUGUGCUGUGUGAAACAAAAGUACAGAGCGAGCAUAAAAGGUUUCAGGCAUUUGAAGUCAAAGAAUAUUCAACUUUGGAUGAGAUACAAAAGGAAUUUGAAGCUGCAGGACUUAUUGAUCUUUUCUCUGAAUUUGUGCCUGCUUUGUUAAAAUAAAUUUGUAAGAAAACAUUGGAAUCUUUGAUUAUAGCAGCAGUUGACUGUAGAGAGUGAGAAGAUAAAAUGGAAUGUUUGUUUGAGAACAUCUUUAAAGCCGCUCUGAAGCAAAAUGCCAAAGAAGAAGACAUCUACUUGCGAGAAACAAAAGGCAAUUCACAUGUUAUGAAAAGAUCAUGUUUUUGACGGUGCAUUGAGUUUUGACAGGAAAUGCUGAGUUUAACAGUUGAACCGUUAGGUCAAAUAUGAAGGAUGAUGGGGAAAAAUCACCAUUCCUUUUCUCUGAGAUUCAGUUAGAAUUGUAUCAUCUCCAGUUGUCCUGUAAUUAAAGUAUAUUUGUCAGGA